AUGUCUAACGACUUGUUCUGCUCAGAUUGCAAGCGCGAGACGGAGUUGGUGUUUGACUACUCGUCAGGGGACACAAUAUGUUCGGAGUGCGGCCUCGUCCUGGAGGAUCACUACAUCCAGGAGACCACCGAGUGGCGAACCUUCGCUAAUAAUGAGUCUGCCGGAGACAAAGACCCCAACCGUGUAGGAGGGGCCACCAACCCCCUCUUCGCGGACGGCGGCCUCUCCACUACCAUUGCCAAGCCCAAAGGCGGCCGCGCCGCGUCUUCCCUCGACGUCCAAUGGCCCAAACAUGGUUGGAAUAGUUUUUCCAACGCCGAACACAACCGCCUCAUGAUGGCCUUCGGUGCCAUCACCACCAUGUCCGAGAGGUUAGGACUCGUCGCGAUCAUCAAUGAUCGGGCUAAAGAGUUGUACAAGCGUGUUGAAGAUCAAAAGUCUAGCAGAGGAAAAAAUCAGGAAGCAUUAAUGGCUGCUUGCCUCUACAUUGCUUGUAAACAAGAAGACAAGCCACGCACGGUUAAGGAAAUUUGCUCUGCCAAUGGAGCCAUCACCAAGAAGGAAAUUGGCAGAGCAAAAGAAUACAUAGUGAAACAACUGGGUUUGGGCUUGGAAUCUGAAGAGAAUAUGGGAAGGACGAUACAUGCUGGGGAUUUUAUGAGGAGAUUUUGUUCUAAUCUUGGUAUGAAUAAUCAAGCUGUUAAAGCUGCUCAAGAAGCUGUUGAGAAAUCACAAGAAUUUGAUAUAAGGAGGAGUCCGAUAUCAAUUGCUGCAACUGUUAUAUACAUCAUAACUCAACUUUCUAAUGAUAAAAAACCUCUCAAAGAUAUAGCACUAGCCACUGGAGUUGCAGAAGGGACUAUUAGGAACUCUUACAAGGAUCUUUACCCCCAUGUUUCAAAAAUAAUACCAAACUGGUAUGCCAAUGCCAAACAUGAGGAUUAUUUGAAGAACCUUUGCAGCCCUUGA